GGACCACGCGCCGCAAGGGGGAAGGGACUCUAACGGUUGAGUAACAACCGGAAGCCGUUAGAGUCUGUGCUUCACUUCCGUUCCAGUCUCAGUGGCAGCUGGAUCGCUCGACAGAGUGCCUCUGGUAUUUGGCCAGGAUGCCGAAUAUCAAAAUCUUCAGCGGCAGCUCCCACCAGGACUUAUCCCAGAAAAUAGCCGACCGCCUGGGCCUGGAGCUAGGCAAGGUGGUGACUAAGAAAUUCAGCAACCAGGAGACCUGCGUGGAAAUUGAUGAGAGUGUGCGUGGAGAGGAUGUCUACAUCGUUCAGAGUGGUUGUGGCGAAAUCAAUGACAGUUUAAUGGAGCUUUUGAUCAUGAUUAAUGCCUGCAAGAUUGCUUCAGCUAGCCGAGUUACUGCAGUCAUCCCAUGCUUCCCUUAUGCCCGACAGGAUAAGAAGGAUAAGAGCCGGGCCCCAAUCUCUGCCAAGCUUGUUGCAAAUAUGCUGUCUAUAGCAGGUGCGGAUCAUAUCAUCACCAUGGACCUACAUGCUUCUCAAAUUCAGGGCUUUUUUGAUAUCCCAGUAGACAACUUGUAUGCAGAGCCAACUGUCCUGAAGUGGAUAAGGGAGAAUAUCUCUGAGUGGAAGAACUGCACUAUUGUCUCGCCAGAUGCUGGUGGAGCUAAGAGAGUGACCUCCAUUGCAGACCAGUUGAAUGUGGACUUUGCUUUGAUUCAUAAAGAACGGAAGAAGGCCAAUGAAGUGGACUGCAUGGUGCUAGUGGGAGAUGUGAAUGAUCGUGUGGCUAUCCUUGUAGAUGACAUGGCAGACACUUGUGGUACAAUCUGCCUCGCGGCUGACAAACUUCUCUCAGCUGGAGCCACCAGAGUUUAUGCUAUCUUGACUCAUGGAAUCUUUUCUGGCCCAGCCAUUUCUCGCAUCAACACUGCAUGCUUUGAAGCAGUGGUAGUCACCAAUACCAUACCUCAAGAGGAUAAGAUGAAGCAUUGCUCCAAAAUACGAGUAAUUGACAUCUCCAUGAUCCUUGCAGAAGCCAUAAGGAGAACUCAUAAUGGGGAAUCUGUUUCCUACCUGUUCAGCCAUGUUCCUUUAUAACAGAAUAACUUCUAGGUUAUGCUAUUUUAAAAUAAAAUAAGAUUA